GAGAGAGAGAGAGACAGAGAGAGAGAGGUGGGUGUGACGUCAUGGCAUGGUGCCCCGUCCAUGUUUGGCGAAGAAAAAAAGUUUUGUGUCGCUGUCGACAGUCGUUUCGAACAAACUCCAGAUACAACCAUAGCUGAGGAGAAGCCCAGUAACUUAUCUUCAGGGGUUGUCAUAUCAUAAUUGUUCUCUAAGAUGGCCGUACUUAAUUAUCCACCAUUACUACGUUAGCGGUAUCCAAACAAAAACUGGCAAAGACCCCGGCGGGCGGUUCUGGAUUUAGAUCACGUUACAAUUAACGGCUGGUCGCUCCGUCGUUCAACAGUCUAAGCUAACGGUUUGGGGGGUUUUCUUUCCCUGGAAGGACCGUUGUCUUUUCCCUCGCAAUUGAAUGAAAGGGCUCUUAAUUCCUCGGAGAGCCUUCGCAUCCUCCGCCGGGUCCGCUCCGAGGGGUGGAGGCUCCGCCGGGCAGAGCCGGGCUUCGAGAUGAAGAUGCCCAGGGGAGGGCGCCUGCUCCUGGCGACGUGCCUCGGCUCGCUCUUCGUGCUUGUGCUGUACUUCCAGAGCAUCACCAAGCCAGAACCUGCUGUGAGGACGGACAGACCAGGGAAAAGCAGGAGAAGUCCAUUGCAGACCCUCUACAAUGGAGACCAGAGUGAGUUGGCAGCUCAGAGGUCCCUCCAAGGUCGCAGGGAGCUGUUGGAGCAGGCGUGUCUGAGCCACACGAGGAAGCGCCAAGUGCUGUCGCCCGAGGAUCUCAAACACCUCAUUGUGGACGACAAACACAGCCUUAUUUACUGCUACGUACCCAAGGUAGCCUGCACCAAUUGGAAGCGCGUCCUGAUGGUCCUCACCAGUGAUGGCCGCUACGUCGACCCUCUCGCCAUCCCAGCAAACGAGGCCCACGUGGCGGGUCACCUGCGCACGCUGUCGGAGUUCACGGUCCCCGAGAUCAACCGGCGCCUUCGCAGCUACCUCAAGUUCGUCUUCGUGCGGGAGCCCUUCGAGCGCCUGGUGUCCGCCUACCGCAACAAGUUCACCCGCAGCUACAACACCGCUUUCCACAAGCGCUACGGAACCAAGAUCAUCCGCCGGAACCGGCCCGACCCGGAGCCCGCAGCGCUGGAGAAGGGGGACGACGUUUCUUUCCCCGAGUUCGUCCAGUAUCUCGUGGACCCUCGGACCCAACGCGAUGAACCUUUUAACGAGCACUGGGAGCGGGUGCACUCCCUCUGCCACCCCUGCCUGAUCCACUACGACGUAGUGGGGAAGUACGAGACCCUGGAGCCAGAUGCUCAGGCCGUGCUCAGGCUGGCCGGAGUGGAGGAGGCACUCCAAUUCCCCACGUCCGGCAAGAGCACCAGAACAGACGGCAACAUGGCGGCACGCUUUUUCAAGCAUAUCAGCCCGUUCUACCAGAAGAAGCUGUUUAACCUGUAUCGCAUGGACUUCCUGCUCUUCAACUACUCCACACCGGAGUACCUCAGGACUCGAUGAGGGGCGGAGACAAGAGGAGUGACAUCAGUGCCAUGGACGUGUGAUGGUUCCCCCCCGUUAGGGAUGAUCACUUUGCACUUUUCUUGAUUGCCAUGGACAAUUUUUCAUCCGCGCACAGACGGGGAUCCAUCACAAGCACCGAUUUGGGACUAUGACCCAUCAAAACACACCAAAAAUGUUGCCUUUUUUAGCAGGACAGAAUGCAGACGGGUCUUUCCAAAAAUGUGUUCGAAAAUGCAGUCUUUACAAACCGAUCCCUUCGGUUCACUGAGAAGUCAGUAUUUAUUUUGUAUUCACUUUGAUUACCAUUUCUCACCCAGAAAUGACUUCUUGGACCAACCUUUGUUUACUUGUUUUUUCUGUCUGUAACGUGCUGUCGUCUUCGUGUUAGCCUAAUGUGCCUUACCAGCGUUUCUGCCAUGCCGACUACAGUAACAUUCCUCCCAGGACUAAUGAGCCAAUAAAUUAAAGUUAUCACACUUCUGAGGAGCGGGUUCUCCUCUCGCCUCGGGGGUAUGUGCUGACUGUGAAACUGAACGCGGCAGAUUCAAUCGAAGCACCUGCAAUAGAACAUCGCUGGAUGGCAUUUAUUUAUGUAUGUCAGUGCAUUUAAGUAUUUAUUGUUAUAGUGUGUGCGUGAGCAAGGAUUUAGGCUCAUGAUGUUGUGAAAAUUAAUUAUAUGUGAAAGAAGGGAAGUUUCUCUUUUUUGUUUGUCGACGUUUGCACAUGAGCUCAUUCCAAAUAGAAAUAUGCUCGACAAUAUGAAAAAGAUUCAUCACAUCCUACACUAUGACCAUAAGCGCAAAAAAACAUUGCCUGGGCUUGUCUUAUUAAGCUUAAAUGUAUAUCUGAGUGGUUUUCCAAGGCAAAGUUUGCAGUCCCAUCUUAAGUCGAGAGAAAGCUUGUUGCCAUAUCUGCUCUUUCCCUGUCUGUAUUUAGCCCUGAGCAGGUAGGCUGAACAAACAACCACAUAGCUGUGGUCGGGGCUCGGUCCAGCCCAGCACUACCCCUGGUCAGAGCUCCCCUUGUUAGCGUCAAUGCAGGCCCAUGGAGGGGUGUUCAUCCACCUCCAGGCAUUUCCACUGCAGAGCCUUGUUCAGCAAGUGUGUUGGAAUUUAAUAAUAAAAAAUACCUUCUUUA